CCUCUCCAUCCCUCCCCUCUCCUUCCCUCCCCUGUGCAGCCAACGGGGAUCCCGCCUCUCCUCUAAUGGGAAGAGCCUUUCGGUGUUGGCCGGGAGAAGGAUGCGCCGCCGGCGGGCCGGACUCUCCGCUGAGCGCUCGGGGCCGUAGGCGGGGAGCGCCGGCGCUAAGCGCUGGGCGGGCGUGGGGGCCAGCAUGCCCGUCCGCCGGGGACACGUGGCGCCGCAGAACACCUUUCUGGGGACCAUCAUUCGGAAAUUCGAAGGGCAGAAUAAAAAAUUCAUCAUUGCAAAUGCCAGAGUGCAGAACUGUGCCAUCAUCUACUGCAAUGAUGGAUUUUGUGAAAUGACUGGCUUCUCCAGACCAGAUGUCAUGCAGAAACCAUGCACCUGUGAUUUCCUCCAUGGGCCAGAGACCAAGAGGCACGAUAUUGCCCAGAUUGCCCAGGCAUUGUUGGGGUCAGAGGAGAGGAAAGUGGAAGUCACCUAUUACCACAAAGACGGGUCCACCUUUAUUUGCAACACUCACAUUAUCCCAGUGAAAAACCAAGAGGGAGUGGCCAUGAUGUUCAUCAUUAACUUUGAAUAUGUGACCGAUGAGGAGAAUGCCGAUUCCCCAGAGAGGCUAAACUCGUUAAUGGGAGCCAAACCCAUAAAUCGCAAACUUUUUGGGUUCAGGUUGCCAGGCUUGCGACUUCUAACUUACAGAAAGCAGUCUUUACCCCAAGAAGACCCCGAUGUGGUAGUGGUUGAUUCAUCCAAGCACAGCGAUGACUCAGUGGCCAUGAAGCACUUUAAAUCUCCUACAAAGGAAAGCUGCAGCCCUUCUGAAGCAGAUGACACAAAGGCACUGAUCCAACCCAGCAAAUGUUCUCCCUUGGUGAAUAUAUCAGGACCCCUUGACCAUUCCUCUCCCAAACGGCAAUGGGACCGACUUUACCCUGACAUGCUGCAAUCAAGUUCCCAGCUGACCCAUUCCAGAUCGAAGGAAAGUCUUUGCAGUAUCCGGAGGGCUUCCUCGGUGCAUGAUAUAGAAGGAUUCAGUGUCCAUCCCAAGAGCAUUUUUAGAGACCGCCAUGCAAGCGAAGACAAUGGUCGCAUUGUAAAAGUUUCACGUUCCUGGAUGACAGGGGGGCCUUUUAAUCAUAUCAAGUCAAGUCUCCUGGGAUCCACUUCUGAUUCAAACCUCAACAAGUACAGCACCAUCAACAAGAUUCCUCAGCUCACUCUGAACUUUUCAGAUGUCAAAACGGAAAAAAAGAAUACAUCGCCUCCUUCUUCUGAGAAAACCAUUAUUGCACCUAAGGUUAAAGAUCGAACACACAACGUGACGGAGAAAGUUACCCAGGUUCUCUCCUUGGGAGCAGACGUCUUGCCAGAAUAUAAACUUCAGACACCUCGUAUCAACAAGUUUACUAUAUUGCACUACAGUCCUUUCAAGGCAGUCUGGGACUGGGUUAUUUUGUUGUUGGUCAUAUACACUGCUAUAUUCACCCCUUAUUCUGCGGCCUUCCUCCUUAAUGAUAAAGAAGAACAGAAGAGACGGGAGUGUGGAUAUUCUUGCAGCCCUCUGAAUGUGGUUGACUUAAUUGUGGAUAUUAUGUUCAUCAUUGAUAUUCUGAUAAACUUCAGAACAACAUAUGUUAACCAGAAUGAAGAAGUGGUAAGUGAUCCAGCAAAAAUAGCGAUUCACUACUUCAAAGGCUGGUUCCUCAUUGACAUGGUUGCGGCAAUACCUUUUGACUUGCUGAUUUUUGGAUCUGGCUCUGAUGAGACAACCACCCUAAUUGGCCUUUUGAAGACUGCCAGGCUCCUGCGAUUGGUGCGAGUGGCCCGGAAACUGGACCGAUACUCUGAAUAUGGUGCUGCGGUGCUGAUGCUUCUCAUGUGCAUCUUUGCUCUGAUCGCACACUGGCUUGCUUGCAUUUGGUAUGCAAUUGGGAAUGUAGAAAGGCCUUACCUGACUGACAAAAUUGGAUGGUUGGAUUCCUUAGGACAACAGAUUGGAAAACGGUACAAUCAGAGUGACGCAAGCUCUGGGCCAUCCAUUAAGGACAAAUAUGUCACAGCACUUUAUUUUACCUUCAGCAGUUUAACGAGUGUAGGAUUCGGCAAUGUGUCUCCUAACACCAAUUCGGAGAAAAUCUUUUCCAUUUGUGUCAUGUUGAUUGGCUCACUAAUGUAUGCAAGUAUUUUUGGAAAUGUGUCUGCAAUUAUCCAAAGACUGUAUUCGGGGACCGCCAGGUACCACAUGCAGAUGCUCCGGGUCAAAGAAUUCAUUCGCUUUCACCAAAUCCCUAACCCGCUGAGACAGAGACUCGAGGAGUAUUUCCAGCACGCGUGGACUUACACCAACGGCAUUGACAUGAAUAUGGUCCUAAAGGGGUUUCCGGAAUGCUUACAAGCUGACAUUUGUCUACACCUCAACCAGACUCUGCUACAGCACUGCAAAGCUUUUCGAGGGGCAAGUAAAGGUUGCCUUCGAGCUUUGGCGAUGAAAUUUAAGACCACCCACGCACCUCCAGGUGACACACUCGUUCACUGUGGGGAUGUUCUUACUGCACUUUACUUCCUCUCUAGAGGCUCCAUUGAAAUCCUCAAGGAUGACAUUGUGGUAGCUAUUCUCGGCAAAAAUGAUAUUUUUGGAGAGAUGGUUCAUCUUUAUGCAAAACCUGGGAAAGCUAAUGCAGAUGUAAGAGCUUUAACAUACUGCGACUUGCAUAAGAUCCAGCGGGAAGACCUGUUAGAAGUUUUGGAUAUGUAUCCUGAAUUUUCUGAUCAUUUUCUCACCAAUCUAGAGCUGACUUUCAACUUAAGGCAUGAAGGUCCAAAGGCCGAUCUUGUAAGGUCGCAAUCCACCAAUGAUUUUGAAGAAGAAAACUGCAAACUUCGGAGAAGGAAACUGUCUUUUGAAAGUGAAGGGGAGAAAGCCAAACUGCCCUCUGCAUCACGGGCCAGGACUUCCGAGAGAUCGGGAAGCGUGCCGACGAAUGGAAUUCAGCUUCCCCGUCUUUGGACACCUGGAAUCUGUUGGGCCGAGGGAGCGCCUCAAAAGACCAAGCAUGCUUCGGUGACCUUUCAAACGUGUGAAAAAUCUCCGUGGGGAAUACAGCAGAGUGGAGGAGGAGAAGGAAGCCUGAAUAACGAUUAUGGCAAAGGAAUUGGCACAAAUGAUCCUGGAGAUGGUGUUGAUGCCACCCGACGUUACCAGUGUUCCAAGAAACUUUUUGAAGAAAAGAAAAGUGGAUCAUCAUCUUUUGCCUCCUCUAUUGAUGAUGAACAGAAACCUCUCUUUUCUGGAAUGGCAGAUUAUCCUUCGGGAACCAGAAAAGCAACUAGACUAGAUUUUGAAGAAACAGCACUGACCUCAGAAAAAAUCCACGCUGACAAAAGAAGUCACUCUUACAGAGACGUCACUGAUACAAGAAACUGGGAACGAGAAAAUUCCCGAGCACAGCAGGAAGCGUCUAGUCCUUCAGCCUUACACCGCGUUACGUGGGGAGUCUGUGAAACGGAAAGCGAUCUCACGUAUGGAGAAGUGGAGCAGCGGCUAGAUUUGCUUCAAGAACAGCUCAACAGGCUGGAAUCACAAAUGACUGCUGAUAUUCACGCCAUCCUGCAGCUACUGCAGCGGCAAGCUACCGUAAUCCCCCCAGCUUACAAUAUGGUAACGGCAAGCGCAGAAUGUCAAAGACCAACUCUCAGAGUGAUGAGGACUCGUCAUCCCGUAGCUUCUAUUAAAACAGACAGAAGUUUCAGUCCGACAUCACACGGCCCGGAAUUCCUAGACCUUGAGAAAUCGAAACUUAAAUCCAAAGAAUCCCUCUCCAGUGGGGUGCAUCUGAACACAGCCUCGGAGGACAACUUGGCUUCUCUUUUAGAACAAGAACAUGACCGGUCUUUAGAGUUUCACCCUCGGCAUUGUAAAACUUACCUUCACCCAAUUAGGCACCCUUCUUUGCCUGAUUCUUCCCUAAGCACUAUAGGAAUCUUGGGUCUCCAUAGGCAUGUUUCUGAUCCUGGUCUUCCUGGAAAAUGAUCAUUUUAUACUAUUUACUUCACAUAAAAUGUAAGUGCUUUUAAUGGCUGUUUUCCUUUUUGUAUUUAAAUCCUCUAUACUUGACUCAGGGGCUAACAAGGUACCAUUAUAUGCAAAAGUACUGUAUAUUUUCCUAAAUUGAAGCUUAUAAGGUAACGUUGAGCAGUUAGGAUGUAAAUAUACAUAAGAACUCUUACGUUCCAAAUGUUAAAACUGCCAGCAUCACAAGGCACCUUAUAUUUUUUAUUUUUUUUAAAAACACAUGCAUGUUCAGAAACUCCAGUUUAAGUUGCAUGGAGAUAAUCAUUUACUGCUUUCACUGAAAUGGUGUUUAAUUGUGCAAUUGCCUUCCAAGCAAAUAGAGGCCAGAAAACGAGCAUGCUCACAGACAGGACUCAGGAUUUCUUAAAGUCUCCUGAAGUUCACAUCACAAAAGUUGCUGUUAUCCUUCGGCAUCAGUCUCUCUAUUGUCAACUGCAGUUAUUUCACGGCUUAGUUAAAGCUGUGCUAAAAUGCCUUGCCGAGCAUCACCUCCUCUAAGUGAAUGGAAGCAGGUCGGUUUCUUAACGGGCCAAAGCACAACGUGACCACGCUGAAAGUACCCUCCCUGAUUGCCUCUGGCGGCCAUAUUAAUGGACUCGUUUCCAGUGGCAGGAGUUUCCUGGAACUCAAAAGAACAAGAAUCGACAGACUUACUUUGUCUCUCCUCUUCCCCCUCCGCCCCAAAAUCGUUAGUAGCAACUCUGGAUGAGUAAUUCUAGCACUGGAAAAACACACCGAUACUAAAUGCAAGUGCACUUGAGUGCAUGAUGCCCAUUGUCAACAUUGUGGCUAAAAAACAGCGUAUUUUUCUUUCUCUAUAAAAGGAAAGCAAACACUUUUGUAGCACAUUCUUUAAAAAUGCACUGUAAGUGAAUUCAGUCAUUAGCACCUGCAAUAUAUAGUUGGGAUAAUACGGAAAAUGUAUUCCUGGUUUUUGGAAUGAAAGUACCAAGAACUGUAUAACUAA